UGCGUUAUAGCAUAAUAGACGUUAGCUGCUGUGACAUAACAAAAGUAGUUUUGAUUACUUAAAUGUCUGCUAGGAAAUAAUAAUUAGUAAAGAAGACUGAUUUCUACUCGACAUCACUGAACGACUAAUAAAAUCAUAACGGAUGAGUUAAUGUAUCGUAAGGAAAAGCUAUUAACGUGACGGGUAAAAAUCCUUUGCGAAAUUAUUUAUGUGUUUGUCAGAGACCACAGCUAUGAAAUGUGUAAGGCUAUAGAAUUACGUUCUACCGAUUUUUCGCCAUUAAAGUGCAUAAAAAGAAAGAUCCGUAGAAAGUGACAAUCCGAUUGGGAGUUGGGCGUUGCCACCGAAUGUGAAUACGAAGUAGUUAUAGUUGCGGUGACCUACUGAUCCAUAGCUUAGCGCUAGGUGGUAGAUCGUUUGUGGAUUGGCGAAAUGCAAGAGUGUAAUGACGCGAGAAUGUCUGUUAUUGUUAUCGCGAGACAUGGUCACAGCUGACGAUUGGUAUCGGUAGUUUCAGUAUUUCCGGAGUUGGGAGACGGUGAGGGGAAGCCGAUGCCACAGGAGGGCUCGACGCUGGACGCGUCGUUCUUUGCGGAGGCGGCCCUGGGCAGCAGCAGUGUGCGGUCGCCUGCCGUCCCGAAUGGCGCAUCGCGGGAGGACCCGCUGGAGGCAGUGCGCAAGCGCAAGAUCUCGCUGCAGCGCGAGGAGCUCCCCAAGAAACUAAAGCUGGUCAACAUCUCGGACACAGUGAGCAAGGCGGUGAGCUCGUUGCAUCGCGCGGUGGACGCGAUGCAGCAGGCGACGGCGCGGGGCGGAGGCGCGUCGGCGCCGUGUGACGAGUCGGAGGCGUUUGGCCGGGUGGUGGCAGCGCACCUGCGUGCACUGCCGGUGGCCACGGCACUAGAUUGCCAGGCCGACAUCCUCAACUAUCUGUUAGAGCAGCGGCGCAGUGCCCUGCCGGGGGCGGCAGGGGCGGCCGCUCCCGCGUCGUCGACGUGAGGUGGCUGUGGUGCCUGUGUCUAGGCUGGUGCGGGAGUUCCAGACUGGCAAUGGACAAAUCAGAGGAGCAGUCGAUGUCAGAAUUAGGACAGUGUGGUGGGAGGAUACGGGUCAUUAGUGUUGUCGGCAGAGAGAGAUGCACCUCGGCGAUCCAGUCGGAACAUUCAGAUGGCUGAGUGUGGCUGCGACUGGAGCAACUUUACCGUUAUCUCCGUGUGUUGCUGCGUGUCGAAUUUAUUAUGAAUGCAUCGUGUGACAUUCUUUACAGAUUUGGACCUGGAGAUAUAUGUACGUUUCAUUUGUGGCGAGUGUGAAGUGGCUCGUUCAGGUGCCUUUCUGGAAGAAGACUGUGCAGUAGUGACUGAGUGUUAGGUCACUGCUAGUUUACAGUUUUGUAACUUUCUUUUUCACUUUUGUGCCACAUUGCUGUCAACAGAGCGAUACUGUUAUUUUUUUUUCUUGCGACUAGUUUGUAAUAAAACUGAAUGAACAUUUUUACCACUUUA